AUGAAAUUUGAUUAAGAGAAAACAGAUGAAAUAAAGCUUAAUCCAAGAUAUUAAAAUCUUUUAAAAUGGGGAUUAGAUAAUGGUGUUAUCAUCAAGGAUGUAGAUAUGCCAGCGGCCUUUGGAGAACUCACUGGUGUUGUUGCUACUAAGGAUAUUCCUGCUAAUACAGUAUUAUGUUUUUUAUUAUAAAUUUAAGGCAAUUAUCUGUGUACCUUAACCAUUGAUCAUAUCAUAAGAAAAAUGCAAACUAAGUUCAUUAUCCAUUGUCUACGAUAAACAUCCUGAAUUAUUUGAUGAAAAUGAGACAUCAGAUGCUGAAUUUAAUAUCUUAAGUAAUUAUUUUACAUUAGAUGCUUAGUUUUUUAUUUGUUUAAUGAAAAAAAGAAAGGUGAAAAAUCAUUCUAUCAUCCAUAUGUUUAAGCUAUACAAUCUAAUAAUACUUUAAUUGAUUGGACAAAAGAAGAACUAAAUUAUAUUGAAGAUCCUAUAAUAUUAGAUGAAUUUGCUAUAGUACGUGAAGAUUUAAAAGAAUUAUGGAAUUAAGCAAAAGAUAUAUUUAAUGAAUUUAUUUAAAUUUUUGGAGAAACAAGACCAACAGACAAAGAAGAUUUUUAUUGGGCUGCAUAAAGUGUAAUGAGUAGAUGUUUUGGAUGGUCAUUAAAAUCAACUAGUAUGAUUCCUAUUGCUGAUUUUCUUAAUCAUUCCAAUAAGGCAUGUACUCAUUAUUUGGUUCAUUCUAAAAUUGAGAAGCUUGAAUAAGAAAAACUUUAAGCUAAAAAAGAUGGUGGAAAUGAAUAAAAUAAUGAUAGUGAUGAAGAUUCUUUUAUGUAGAUAGUGCAUGAUUAAUAUAAAUUAAAGGGAAAUAAAAUAAAUUUAAAUGUUCUUAAUAUAAAAUAAGAUGAAUCUUAACUUAAAAAAUUUAUUGAUCCAAAAAAUACAUACAUUUUAUAACAUUAACAAUAUCUUACUGAAAAUUAAUUGAAAGAUAUAGAUAAUUUGGAUAAUAUAUCAAAUGCUGAUAAGAGAGCCAUGAUUAAUUGGAUUAAUUAUGAAUAAAUGAUUUAAAAUUCUCAAGUAAAUCUUUGGGAUUUAGGAUUUGUUACUUCUUCAGAUAGUGAAGAUAAUGAUUCUGAUGAAGAUGUUGAAGUAGCUAGAAACAAACAAUUUGAAACUUUGAAAAUAAAAGAAUUAUCUGAUUGGAAACUUAAAUUUGAAGAAAAGAAACAAUAGAAAAAUUAGAGAAAAGAAAAAAAUGAAUAAGAAAUUAAAAAAGAAUAAUAAAUAGAAUAAUCAAUAGAAUAACCAAUAGUUGAAUAAAAUUAAGAAGUAGAUAAAGAAUAAAGUGAUGGAGAAUUAAAAAGCCAAACAGAUAAUGAAAGCAUUUUGACUAUUUGUCUAAAUAAUGGUAUUAUUUUUUGAGCAUAAUGCUAGAAAAGAAAAAUUUAGUAACCAUCAAAGGUUUGCCUCCAUAAUAGAUCUAGGCUUUAAAAUAGAGAUAAUAAUAGAUGUUGGAGGUUCAACAAUAGAAAUAAUAGAUUUAAUCAUUCAUUUAGGAAUAAAAAUAAUAGUAGAAUAAAGACAAUGAAAGUGAUAGUAGUGAAGAAUCAAAAUGGGAUUGGCUUGAAGAAAAUGACAAAGAUGUCUAUUUUUGUAUCACAACUACAGAGCCAAUAAAGAAACAUGAAUAAGUGACUGUGUCUUAUGGAAGAAGAACCAAUAGAUUCUUACUUAGCUGGUAUGGAUUUACUUUACCUGAAAAUAAAUACAGUUCUUUUAAUUUUAGGGUAAGAAGUUGAUUCUAAAAAAAGUUAUGGCUCAAUACAGAAAUAUGUAAAGAAAAGAUAUUAAGUCAGAAAUAGAUUUUUGAUACAAUUACCAUCAAUAAGUUGAUUAGUCCAGAAGAAUGGGAUUCAGGUAAAAUUAAAUUUAAUGGUAAUGAAAUUCCUAUUUCAUCAAUUACAAAGGAAUUUAGAAUCAAAAAGAAUAAACUUAAUAUGGAUUUACUUAUGUAUUUAAGAUUGUAUCUCAUGCUUUAUCAAGUUUAAAUCAAAGAUGUAUUAAUCACUAUACCAGUAUCAGUUGAUUAUGAAGUAUUUGUGAUGCAAUUUUGUAUAUAAUUGUUACAACAUUAUCUAAAUUCUUAUUCUUAAGAAUUGGCUUAAGAUAUUAAAGAAUUAGAAACCUAAAUAUCAUUCUCAAGAAGAUUUGCAGUACAAAUUAUCAUUAUUAAUUAUAGCUUCAUAUUAAUAAGGAACGUAAAGAGAUACUUAUCAAUUAGAUUAUGAUACUAUUAGAUGCCAUUAUUAUAUUAAAAAAAUACAAAGAAAGUAAUGAUUUGAAAUAGUCUUAUAUAUCAGAGAUUCACAAUAAUGUGUAUUAUAAGAUGGAAAUUUUAAGAGGAUUAAAAGUGUAUCUCAAAUCAAUUCAAGAAUUUCUAUGAUUAAUUAUGAGUUUAAUCAUUUAUAUAUAAUUAUUUUUACAUUCAAAUGUUUUUUACUUAGAAACUUGUCAAGUUUGUUAUAUUACCUUACAAAAAUGGUAUCCAUAAGAUUAAAAGAUAUAGCUCUUCCAAUUAAAUUCAAUUUAUAAAUUGGAGCAAAUAUGAUUGGUAAUACACAGGAACAUGAAAUCUGUAUAAACAAUAAAUAAAUUGUGAAUAAUCAUUGUUGUGUUAUAUUGAAUGAAGAUGAAAUAGAACUUAUUGUUUUAGAUGGUCCAGUCUUUUAUAAGAAUGAAGAUGGACAAUUUGAAUAAUUGGCCAAGGAUUCUAUUCUUAGGUACAAUUAUUCCUUAUAUAAGUUUAAAUAUUGAAUGCGCCGAUUUUUCAAUUAGAUUAGGUUAAUGUAUAGAAGCUAAAGUUUAAGUGGUUAAUGGAACAUAACAUCAUUAUCUUCCAAGAAAAUAGCCAUAAAAGGAAAUAAAAUAAUUUAAUUUACAAGAACGACUAUCUACAAUAGAGGUGAAAAUUGUUGAGAGUCUAUAUACAUCUCAAUAAAGUGAAUUAGAACAAUUAUAAUAAGGUUAAGAAUAAGAGUAAAAUAAUAUAGAUGAUAUUAAUUCAAUUUCAAUUAUUUAAUAGCAAACAAAUAAUUUAGAACAACAACAAUAGAAUAUUUAGAAAUCAAAUUUUUAAUAAAUAAAAUAAAAUGAAAUCAAUUAAAAAACAGAUAUAUUAUAAUUAAAUGAUUAUGAAUAAUAGACUGAGAUGUUAUCUAAUGGAACUCCUGAUUUUAAUAACAAUUAAAAGGAUUUAAAAAAAAUACAAAAUAAUACAUCUAAUUUAGAUUACUUAAUUAUACCUUAACGAAAAGAUAGAGAAAGUUCUCCAAAAAAAAAAAGUAAUCAUAAGUUGAUGAAAGAAAUUAAAAAAGAAAGUUAUAGAAUGAGUUAAAGAAAGUGUAAUAGAUGGAAAUUUUGUAUAGCAUUUUCAGGAUUUCAUCCAAGUAGAGAUGAAUAAUAGUUUUUAUUACUUUAGAAUAUUCAAAUAUGUUUAGAAGAUUAUAAUUUUAAUAUGUUAAUUAUGGAAGAUAAUGUUGAAUUGAGAUCAAUUAAAUUAUUAAUUGCUUUAGCUAAAGGAAUACCUAUUAUUUCUAGGAAUUGGUUAACUAGAUCAAUAAAUUAAUAUGAAAUACUUGAUCAUAAUUAAUAUUAGGUUCAAUUUUCUAAUGAAUUUUGUAGAGAAUAUAAUUUUGAUUUUAAAUAAUAUUAAAAAAGACUCUAAAAAUGGUAAGCAUGAAAUAUAAUACUAUUAGUAAAGAAGCCAAAAUAUUCCCUUUAAAAGGUGUGACAAUAUUUGUUCCAAAAAGAAUGAUUUAUCAUAUUGAACAUUUCGAAUUAGAAUAUUUGGUAGAAUCAUUAGGUGGGAAAUUAGUGCAUUAAAUACAUGAUGAUGGAGAAGCAUAAAUUUAUAUGCUAAUACCUAAAGAUCAAACCAAAAUUAUAGGAUAUGAUAAAUAUUAAUAGAGUCCUAUUGAAUGCUUAUUCAAGAGUGCAUUAAAAUUUAAAAAUCUCCUUUGA